AUGCACUGCGCACUUGUACCAGAGGAGCGAAAAUUCACCGUUCCUCUACGGCACCCGAGCCUUUCUUUCGAUGACGGGAAUAUUGCGAUUCUUUGCGGCACCUACUACUUUAUUGUGCACCAAGGUCUACUCUGUCGACACUCUGAGGUCCUAGAACACCUGGUGCGGAGACUGCUGAAUGAAGAACACGUUGGGGUUAUCGAAGGACGCCCAGUCCUCAAUCUGGAUGACGCCGCGGAGGACCUUGCUUACUUCGUUGAGGCUAUCUAUGACGGACUCGGGAGACUGAGGUAUGACGGAAAUGAUUUUCUGGCGGUCUCUGGCUUGCUUCGUUUAUGCACCAAGUAUCACGUCCAUAACCUGCGACAACAACUGCUACGUGGACUCUCUGUUCUAUGGCCCACGACCUUAUCCCAGUGGGAGCAGCGAGAAAAGCUAGCCACAGACUCUUCGGGACUCUACGCACCUCGACCUAUGAUUCCUCACCCCAUAACGGUCAUAAACCUCGCCCGGGAAAUUGACGCACCUCAGCUCUUGCCUUCGGCGUACUACGAUCUUUCACGCUACCUACCUAGCCAGACUAUGUCAGACUUCUCACCGUCCGAUGACUGUCCGACAGAGCAACUCUCCCACGAAGACCUGGUGAACGCACUCCGCGGAAGGGAAUACUCUGCCCGGUUCUUCUCAACUUUUGUCGUCAAUGAACUCGAAGGACGACCCGCGUCCCCCUGGUGUAUGUACCGCAACGAACAGAAGCCCAGCAGACGGCGACGAUGCCAGAUGGCGUUCGAGGCGAUCACGUUCGAGGUCCUCCGCGACGUCAACGGCGUGGCGUGCAACCGCAACUCGGAUCCACUGUAUGCUAUAGCCGACACAUAUCUGAUGCAGACCAAAGACGACGCUCCUGGACAAGAGAACAAGACUGCUUUCCGCGCGUGUGAAGCCUGCCGGUUGGAGUAUAACACUGUCGUCGAUCGUGCCCGCACGGAUUUCUGGAGGCAGCUUCCCCAGUGGUUUGGAGUGACUGUUGCUAAUUGGAAUCAGCAAGCACAGCCGUGA